AUGAUGGCAUACGUCGAGACCGAAACGACUACCCAUUUCAUGCGAAUUCGUCCCAUGGACCAAAACCUCCAUCAGCUCUCUGCCACAGUCCUGCAAGCCAAACUCACUGCUGGCGAGAUCACCAGUGUCGAUCUGGUUGAAUCAUGCUUGGCUCGUAUCGAGAGGUACAACAGCCGUCUCCACUGUCUCUUGAGUAUUCGACCGCGAAUGCAGCUUGUCGCCCAUGCCACAUCCCUAGAUGCUGAGCGCCGUGCGCGACCCAACGCCCUACGAAGCAAGCUGCAUGGCAUUCCGAUCAUCCUAAAAGAUGUGUUUGUCACAGGUCCCGAGCUUGGUAUGCCAACAACAGUGGGCGCCGCCGUAUUUUCUGGCAUGACGGCCAAGCGCAGCGCCCCGUUGGUAGACCGGCUGCAAGAGGCCGGCAUGAUUAUCCUGGGAAAGGCCAACAUGACGGAGUUUUGCGGUCUCAAAUCGAAUUCCAUCAAGUCUGGCUGGAGUACGUACGGUGGGCAGACAAACUCUCCCUACAGGAGAAGAAACCUAGUGGAAGAGGAUCAGCCAAUCACCGCAGGGUCAUCAUCGGGCUCGGCCGUAGCAGUUGCGGCCGGUCUUGCCCCUCUGUCUAUCGGGAACGAAACUUCAGCCGCGCUGGUAUAUCCAGCAAGUGUCUGUGGUGUAUAUGCGUAUAAGUGUGGGUAUAAGACGGUACCGAUGGAAGGCGUGUUCUGCAUCAGCGACAGCUUCGACUGCGUUGGUCCAAUCGCAAGGGAUCCGGCGGACAUUGUUGCCCUGGCUGAAAUUCUAGAGCAAAACCCCAGCUUCGGUGUAGCCAUCGCAUCAAAGGAAGGUGGCCCUAGACAAGAGUUCCGCGGCCUUGCUGUGGGUGUCGUUUCAAGCACAUGGGGGGUGCAUGAGAGCCUCGUUGCUGGGAAGUGGGGAGAUGCUCGAGUGAUAAAGGAGUACGAGAAUGCUGUCUUCAAAAUGCGAAGUCGAGGAGGUCGUGUCGUCUAUCCACUUCAGGCCCCGGAGCCUGACGGCAUAAGGUAUGACGGAGAGACUCUGAUCAGUACAACGUAUGGCGAGUUUAGCGACAAAAUCAAAGAAUUCAUUCAAUGCUUCGAAUACGCCGGCAUCAAAGACUUGAAAGAUGUUAUAGCCUGGAAUCACGCUCAUGCCAGCACGGCGUUGCCUUCUCCAUAUGAUACGCAGAGCGAGCUGGUUGCCGCUGUCAACAGCAAGAUGCGACCCGAAAUGCUUCAAAACAUCAUCCCACGUCUCCGUCAUCUGGCUGGUGAGAACGGCAUGUCCGAGAUAAUGCGACGCAGCGGAGACCUCGAUAUUGUGCUCUCAUCGUCUGAGUGCCAACUGGUUACCUAUGCUGCCGCCGCGGGUUGGCCUUGUGCGACAGUGCCACUGGGCAACUGGAGGAAGAACGGGCAGCCGUAUGGCAUGUUUGCUUUGUCGAAAGACGGUAGUGAAGAAACGUUGCUGCGAUUUAUGAAUGCAUGGGGGAAGGUCUUCGACGGCGUACAGGCUCCAGAUUUGGAGAUGAUGCCGUAG